AUGUCUACAACGAUGAUGGCGAUCUCCUCGAUUGUUGUACUUAUGCUGGUUGGAACGAGCUUUUUGGUAAAGGCCGAUAGUUGUCUCGCUGACGGUCAACCGUGUAAUACCAGUCUUGCUUCCUCUAACAAGGCCGGCUGUUGUAAUCCUUGUCUUCGUGCUGCUACUUCUUAUGAUACUGAGGGUAGCGGUUUCUCUGAGGAUGUUAUUGAAAAAAGAAAAGCUGAUAGUCAUGGCACUUGUGGAUGUGUUCCUCGUGGUCAAGUAUGUGUCGCACGUUUUGUUCGUGAUGAUGUGGUUCGUUGUUGUAACAAUGACAUAUGUCGCCGCGGUCCUAAUAGUGUCCGGGACCUUGGUUAUUGCGGUUGUAUUCCUGGUGGUGAAAGUUGUUAUAGUGGUGUGGAUCAUUGCUGUGAAGGCUUUACUUGUAAUCGUGUUGUUGAUGGCCGUGGACGAUAUGAAGGUUAUUUUUGCCAAGAAGAGUAUGUUACAUUAACGCAGUGUUUCAAACAGUUCUAUUGA